GGUUGUUUUCAUCCACACGCUGUUCGACAACUUGAAGUUUUUAUGUUGUUUUUCUGUUCUUCUCCGUUUUCUGCCCUCUUCUAAAACCUCCUUAUGUGUCCGGAAUACGAGAUUUUCACAACAUAAAACCUGAGCUGAUGCGACAGGUGGAGACACAGAGGGAAGGCAGUGUUGUCCGUCUGGUGCAGGCGUGUUUUCAGACAUUAAAAGAAGAGGAACGAUGCUUCGCUGCAGGAAGUGUCGGAAAGGCGUCAUCGACUCAACGUGUUUGUCUGCGCAGGUGGAGGCUGCACAUGGAGACUCAGCUGACGUUUGCAGUAUUUGGCACGUUGAUGCGGACGCAAUGCCAGACUGGAUCCACAGUGCUGUUCACCAGGCCCAGUGGACUCUGGGAAAACUGAACUGUCCGAGCUGCGGGGCUCGUCUUGGAGGCUUUAACUUCGUCCACGGCGGUGAGUGUCCUUGCGGCCGCGACGCCGCUGUCCACCUCAGCAAAAGCCGAGUGGACCGCGACCACAAACACUACGUCCUCAUCGUCCAACCGCGGAGGACGAGGCCGCCGGCGGUCCAGCCCGGUCCGCCGAUGGACCGGAUACCCGACCUUAACAGGGCGGUGCCGUUAAACCCGGGUUUACAGCUAGACUGCGCCGCCGUCGUGUCCCAUGUGAGCCCCGGACACGCCUCCAAGUCGCUGAGCGGUGGCGGAGACGCCCCGUCCUUUUCCUUCAGUCCUCUGAACUGCAUCUCCCACAGGAGACGGUGCAGUUUGGAUGACGACACCAUCAGGGCUUCGUGUUUCUGUCGUGGAGUCCUUUCAGACAAAUCAUCUGUGGAGACGGUGAGGACAGACGUGUCAGUCCCAUGUCCAACGGCGCGAUCGUGGGACGCCGACGAAGGACCGACGGGACUCUCACAUGUCUCAGAGGACAGAGGCUCAGCAGUGGACCAGGCCCACCAGGACACAGAUCCUUCAGUACUGGACCCAUGGAUCCACGAGGAGGUUUCAGAUCCAGGUCCGAUCCUCAGAGACAGAAACGGUGAAGACAGCGAAGACGAACAGGACGACGACGAGACGCGUCAGACAUCGUCCACCUCAAACCGACUGAAUAAACGGGAGAAGAACCGUCUGAAGAGUCUGCGCAGGAAACAGAGGAGGAGAGAACGCUGGCUUCACCGUCAGCUGGAGCAGGAACAGGGCAACGGCGUGAACGUGUCGCCGCAGGAGGCCGACGACGCCGACAGGGAAGGUGUGACGUGCGCCGUGUGUCUGGACGUCUACUUCAGCCCGUACACCUGUCGACCCUGCGACCACGUCUUCUGCGAACCCUGUCUGCGAACACUCGCCAAGAACCGCCACGCCAACACGCCGUGUCCGCUCUGCCGCACACUCAUCACACACACCAGCUUCAACAAAGAACUCCACCACGCUGCUAAAAUCUUCUUCCCUAAAGUCUACGUCAGCCGGAAACAGAACUUCCAGAAUGCUCCGUGUUCCAAGUGGCCGCUGCCGAGCUGUCGCAAACGUUUCCGAAACCUGUGGGGAUCUCAGAGGCGAGUGGCGGAGGUGGCGGGCGGGCGCUGGCGUUUGACCCCGGCCGUCUUCAUGCUGGACGCCCUGGAUCUGACCGACAUGCGCGGUUGGCUCUUCGACAUCGCUCUGGUCAUCGUCUACAUCCACUCGGUCAACUGGAUCCUGGCGGCGCUGCUCUUCGGUUUCCUCACCUACUACUUCCUGUGCUGAGGUCAAACCGGUCUGUAUUCACUCAGAACCAACGUGUCGGACCGAACAACACCUGCACACAAAGGUUUGAAGGAAAACCUAGUUUUUACUCUUUGGUCGUUUUUUUUUCCCCUGGAGCCA